AUGAAGGAAAAAUUAAAACACCCGAUGCUGGGUAUGCCAGCAUACAAUAAGACGGAUGUCCAUCCGUCCACCUUCAUUCUCAUUGGCAUUCCUGGCUUGGAGGCUGCCCAUAUCUGGAUCUCCAUCCCCUUUUGUGUGGGCUACCUUUUGGCCCUCCUGGGAAACUGCUCUCUCCUCUUUAUCAUCAAGACAGACUCCAGCCUCCACGAGCCAAUGUACCUCUUCCUCUGCAUGCUGGCUGUGGCUGACCUUACUGUGCGCACCACCGCCGUGCCCAAACUUCUCAGUAUCUUCUGGUUCCAUGACAGAGAGAUUCGCUUUGAAGCCUGCCUCACCCAAGUGUUCCUGAUUCACUCCUGCUCCACCAUGGAGUCUGGCUUCUUCCUGGCCCUGGCCUUUGACCGCUGUGUAGCCAUUUGUAAUCCGCUAAGACCCUCCGCUCUUCUGACCCGCGCUGGGACUUGGGGGGUGGGUCUCGCUGUUGUGCUCCGGGGCACAGCCCUCCUUGGUCCUCACCCCUUCCUGCUGCGGUGGCUGCCCUGCUGCAGAGCCAAGGUCCUUUCCCACACCUACUGUGAGGUUAUGACCCUCGUCAGGAUCGCCUGUGCGGAGACGGGAGUCCUCAGCGCCUACAGCCUCGCUGCUGCCUUCCUUACAGGAGGAGUGGACUUCCUGCUCAUCAUUUGUUCCUAUGUGCUCAUCCUCCACGCUGGCUUCCACCUCCCGUCCAAGGAUGCCCGUCUCAAGACCCUGGGCACCUGUGGCUCCCAUGUGUGUGUGAUCUCAGUGUCCUAUACCCCAGCCUUCUUCUCUUUUCUCACCCACAGGUUUGGGCACCACGUGGCAGCCCAUGUCCACAUAUUUGUGGCCAACAUCUACCUUCUGGUCCCCCCCAUGGUGAACCCUGUCAUCUAUGGGGUGAGGACCAAGAAGAUCCGGGACAGGUUCCUUAAAUUUUUCAGUUCUUCAAAACCUCUGAACUAA